CUGCUCUCCUCCUAAGUGAAGUCGUGAUGGAGAAAUCCAAAAACUUCCGAAUUGACGCCCUGCUCGCUGAUGAGACUCACCGGGUGAGCCGAGACCUCUCCCCCGGUCUGAGCAGCGACAGCCCGGCAGGCAGCCCGGUGUCCUGCCGCCGCGCGGACACACCUUCUCCGCGGGCCGCACAACUUCAGGGACUACUUCACAAACCGGGUCUCCUUAAUCUCCCUCAUCCAGGACUGGCUUCAAUCCCCGGCAUGUAUCCUGCCCCCAUGUACCCUUUAUCCGCAUUGGGUGGCCAUCACCCCGCGUUCGCAUACACCGGUUUCACACAGACCUACCCGGACCACCUGAAGAUGGCUGCCAUGGCGGGCUCUCUGCCCCUGGAGCACUGGAUCCGCGCCGGGAUCAUGAUGCCAAGGCUGCCAGAUUACAGCACCGGCCCUCAGGCAGGUCUCCUGGGGAAGUGCCGGAGACCCCGCACCGCUUUCACCAGUCAGCAGCUGCUGGAGCUGGAGAACCAGUUCAAGCUCAACAAAUACCUGUCCAGGCCCAAACGCUUUGAAGUGGCCACCUCACUCAUGCUGACUGAAACACAGGUCAAGAUCUGGUUCCAAAAUCGCCGGAUGAAGUGGAAACGCAGCCGUAAGGCGAAGGAGCAGGCUGCCUCUGCUCCGUCCGACGCACAGAGACUACGCAAUGGGAAAAAAACAGUCACGGACAAAUCAAAUGAGAGCAGGCGAGCUUUGGAUCAGGACGACAGAGGGAUGGAUCUUGAUAUGGAGGAUGUAGAAGAGGAGGAAGAGGAGGAGGACGAGGAGGAAGAAGAAGAAGAGGAGGAAAGCCAGCAUGGUUUUCCUGUUGGGAAGCCACGAUCAACAAACUUCUUGCAGCGCACCACUGAUGUUAGCUACAAUCCCCACAGCCCUUUCUCUGAUGAGGAGCUGGAGGGGGUGUCAGUAGGAGGCGACAGGAAGAUCGGGGCGGGACUUUGAACAGACAUGAAGGAAACAGGUUUCACUGAAGAGACAUUACACUGGGACAUAUCUCUGUUUCUGCAAGAGACAAUUUCCAAAUACACACAAAUGACACAAAUAUACUGUAUAAACUGAAUAAAAUCAUCUUUGAGUACUGUACAUGUCAUAGCAUGCCGGGAAAAAAAGGUGCUCAUUCCCUUCCUUCCAUGUAGCUGUUUCUAGGCCAUCACCUUGUCAAUUUGUCAAUUUGCUCCAUCCACUGAAAGCUGGAGCUCAGCCCAGUGAACACACAUGACCACAUAAAUGAAGGAUGCAAAUUGAACUUAGGUGCGUUCAGACAGCAGGAGAAUGUACAGCCUCCACUGCAUCAUGAAGACAAAAAAAGAAGUUAAACAUACUGUGUCACUGAGGAAACAACACAAGAUCAGAAACAUCCGCUGCUCCAGAUGUUUUUGGGGACAAAUACUUUGCUGACUAUCUUCUGUAUUACAUUUAGUUUUGUGCAUUUUAUGUGUAAAUAUUGAUGGGUUUUUCUGUGCUUGAUGGUGUUUCUGAAUUUGUUCUUGUCACUGACAUGUAAAUGAAAGUAAUUUAUUUGAAUGGUUGAAAAGAUGAAUCAUCCGUGUAUUUAUCUGAAACGUGUUUGUGGUGUAACUGUGAAAUAAAAAAAUGAAAAG